AUGAACUCUUACAUUGCUGUUAAGAAGAUCUCAAAACCGGGGCUCAAAGAAGUCGUGUCAGAAGUAAGCGCCAUCAGUCGACUUAGGCAUUGGAAUCCGAUACAACUCAUUGGUUGGUGCCACGAUGCAGGGGAGCUCCUACUUGUCUACGAGUUCAUGACUAACGGCAGAUUAGAUUAUCAUUUGUUCCAAGGAAAAAGCCGGUUAGUUUGGGAGAUAAGAUACAGCAUUGCUCAAGGCUUGGCCUCUGGGUUGCUCUAUCUACACCAAGAAUUGGAACAAUGUGUCCUGCACAGGGAUAUCAAAUCCGGCAAUGUUAAAUUGGAUUCAAAUUUCAACGCUAAACUGGGGGGUUUCAGGUUUGCGAGGCUUGUGGACCAUGGAGAAGAAUUGGAGGAGAUGACUACUAUAGUUGGAACUUUUGGCUACAUGGCUACUGAAUAUUUGAUGACAGGAAAAGCUAGCAAGGAGUCAGAUAUCUAUAGCUUUGGAGUUGUUGCUCUGGAAAUAGCCUGCGGAAAGAGAGUUUUUGAUGUAUUGGAAAGUGGUAAACCUAAUAUGGUAGAGUGGGUUUGGGAGCUUUACGGAGAAGGUAAAGUCAUUGAAGCAGCUGACCCAAAAUUGUGUGGAGAUUUUGAUGAGAAACAGAUGGAGUGUUUGUUGAUUGUUGGGUUGUGGUGUGCUCAUCCAAAUUACAAUUCCAGACCUUCAAUACAGCAAGUGAUUCAAACGCUUAACUUUGAAGUGGCAGUGCCCAUUCAACCAUCAAAGAUGUGA